AUGGACUUCACCGCGGACGGGCGUUUCUUGAUGCUCAACUCUAGCGGAAUGGACAUGAUCGUGAUCAACGCCGAAACGUGCAAGAAAGCUUCGCCCAAGGACAUGAAAGUCCUCCGGGGCGAGGGAGAGGGCGGGGAGGUGGCCACCUGGGCGACGUCCACGUGCACCAUGAUGGACGGGAAACAGGCAGCCUGGUCAACCUUGCUAUCGUCGGCGGAGAACGAUGGCAACGGCGACAACGACGCCAACAGCGGAGACAUCGCAAUAACGGGAUCAUCGUCGCCAUCUCCACUGGCAGCCACCCUGACCGGUUCCGACCUGGUUCGGGGGGGCGAUGCGCCUGUCCUGCUUGCGUCUGACAGUCUCGGUCGUGUAGGGCUCCUUCGCUACCCGGCUAAGCUUCCGCCCGAGAUGGCGCCUCCCGGCGAUGCCGACGCUGCGGGUGCCGCUGUCCCCUCGGCGGAGGAGAGCGCUGGUGGAGAGGAAAAGGCCGCUGAUCCUAAUGCUCCACCGCCACCUAGCCCGGAGGAAGUGGAAGCUGCUGCUGCGGCGGCGGCCGCCGUCAUGGCCGAGGCCGUCGAGGCUGCUGUACCUCGGGUUUCCACCUUGAAGGCCCACGCGGGGAAGGUAGCGGCGGCGAGGCAGAUCGGAGACGGCGGCGGGGUCCUCACGCUAGGAGCUACUGACAGGUGCGUGUACCAGUGGGCCGUGGCUCUGGAAGAAGGGGAGGAAAGCGGCGAAGAGCUCCCGGACCCCCCCGCCUGCAACGCGCCGGUCCCAAAGAAAGCCUCCGGAGGAGAGGACGAUGAAGAGGAGGAAGCCGACGGCGGCGACGACGACGAGGAAGGGGAGCAGGUUGCCGCUGCCGCCUGGUCAGGAGACGACGAAGAUUUGGUCGGAAACGCCCCGAAAGAGGCGAGCGCGGAGUCCGCAUCGUUGCCCUCCAUGUUGCCGUCUUGGCUGGGAGGAGCGGCUGGUUCCCAGCCGGCGCCGUGCAUCCCCGACGAUGACCUGGAGCUGGAGUGGAUCCAUGGAUACUCGGCGCAGGGGUCGAGGCAAAACCUUGUGUACAACUGCAAGGGCGAAAUCGUCUACCCCGCGGCGUGCGCCGGAGUGGUCAUGACCAAGCGCACCAAGCCGCUUUCGCACAGGCAGACCUACAACCUCGACCACACCCAGGCCAUCACCUGCUUGGCGAUGCACCCCGACAAAGCCCACGUGGCGACAGGACAGGAGGGCUCCUGUCCAAUCGUCUUGGUGUGGGAUUCCGCGAGUAGGCCCUUGAAGACCAAGGCGCGGCUGCAGCUGGGCGACGACAAGAAAGGAGUAUCGCAGGUGUGCUUCAGCUCCGAUGGGAAGCUGCUGGCUGUAGCGUGCGAGGACAAGGGCCACACAGUCAUGGUGUUCCGCUGGGAGUCCGGCCUUCUCCGGUGCCAGGCUCGGUUGGGGGUCAAGAAGGCGUUGUCGAUGUGCUUCAGCCUCAACUCCGACGAGCUGCUGGCCGCUGGGCAUAAGCACUUUAAAGUCUGGACGCUUUCUGGAGGCGGGCUCAUGCAGGGGAAGCGAGGUCUGUUUGGCUCAGGCUCGAAGGUGCAAGCCCUUACGUGUGCCGCGGCGAUAUCGAACGGGGAGGGAGGGGGCUCCUCCUUCAUCCUGGGUGGCUCCAGCGGCAGCCUGCUCAAGCUCGAUGGAGGCCGCAAGGUUUCCUCGGAGAUCGAGGGCCAUGAGGGACCGGUGUACGCGCUCUAUGCCUACCCCGCGCCGGACGGCUCAGGAACAUGCCUGGUAACGGGAGGCGGUGACGGAAAGAUCAAGACUUGGGACGCUGAGGUGAUUUCGAGAAGAUGGGGGCUAUCUGGGGCCAUUGAAAACAUCUCGCUUGUGACAACGGAUUAUACAAAGUACUGUUAUGGCGUAGAUAUCUUGGGACCGGACAGGAAGAUCCUUGUCGGAACAUCUUGCAGUGAGAUUUUCGAGAUUUCCGCAAGCGAGGGGACAGACGUCAAUGACGGCGACUGCCUGAUGCGGGGCCACUUCCGAGACCAGCUAUGGGGUCUUGCGUCGCACCCAGCAAAGGUGUGGUUUUGCGUACCGCUGUACGUUAGCUCGGGCGAUGAAGGCAUGGUGAAGGAGUGGAACGCGACGACCCUGGCUCUCAACAGGGAGAUCGAUCUCGAAGGCUGGAUUCGCGCUGUACGAUACUCGCCCAAUGGCUUGCUCAUCGCCUGCGGGAUGGGUGGGGAAACGGAGGCAAACGGCAAGCGUCACUCGCCGAGGGAGGAAGAUGGAACGAUCAAGAUAGUCUCUGGCAUGGAAGAAGCCUUCCGCGUCGUGAACACCCUCUCGGAUGCCCUGGGGCCCAUCACGUGCAUCCGCUUUAGCCCGGACGGCAACCGAAUGGCGGGUGCGUCUCUCGACGGCAACAUCUACAUCUACUCGGUGCUGGAGAACUUCAAGCUCGAGGUAUGCUUCCAUAUUGGCGUGUGA